AGCCAGAAUGAUGCGGUUGGCUCCGGAGGCAUCACAUCCCGUUUCCUUUCCAUACUGGGUACCUUGGCUAUACUGUGACAACGAUGGCCGACUCCGCCCCUAUCCCGUCUGCGAAGUCCAGGCAUCUUCGCGCGUGUUUGCUGUGCUCGAUCGUCAUGUCUGCACAGGACUUUAAACGCGAAGGCUGUCCAAACUGUGAAGAGCUUGUACAGAUGUAUCAGAACCCAGACCGGAUAUCUCGCAACACUAGCGCCCAGUUCGACGGGAUCAUUGCGCUGACGAAUCCGGGGGAUAGUUGGGUCGGGCGGUGGCAACGAGUGGGCGGCUAUGUGAAGGGAUUGUACGCCGUUCGCGUGACAGGUCGGAUCUCGCAAGAGUUGCAAGGCGAGCUAGAUUCCAGACGGAUCACAUAUCGGCCCCGAGAUACAAUGCAGGACUUAUGAGACACCCCAGAUUACAUGGCUUAUUCUCCUCUUUAUGCACAAUGCUGACCCCCCAACUUUCUGCAUCCCUUGCAUGUAACUACUGACCAUCUUGCCACCUCAAUGGAUGAUCUCUCUAUUCAUCACCCUUAUGAGACUGCAGCGCUUGCAGCCUGACGCAAUUCUCGGCGUACCUCGACUAGGGGUAUAUCGUCAUCCAACGAAGAGCACCUUGUUAUGUUCCUCAAUUUUG